GGGGGGGGGGCAGGUAGAGUUGAAAUUGAAGAAUGUCAGUUGAUAUAGAUAGACAAAGGAUGAGGCAGGAGUGGAACUCCCGAGAAUAACUGCGAGAAUAAAUAGAAAAGCAGUAGUGUCCGAGCUUCGUAGCGAUACCAAACUCGUUUAAUAUAUAGAGAGAGAACUUGUGGUAUUAUACUGCCAUCCAGAGGUUAUGAUUGGAAUUAAACCAUUGACUUGAGUGAAGCAGGGUAGAAUCUAUGAAGUUAUUACGAUUAAAAUCCUUGUCUAUGUAGAACAACAUUUGCUUAUUCCCUUAGAUUUAAAUAAUAAAUGUUCUAGAGAUGUUAGGACAGUUAGUCAUGUAUAUAAAUAAGUAAACGCAGUACUUAGAGGUCAUGAUUCGGCGCGUUGAAUUCGUCUCCACCAGUUGUGAAAGCGCAGCAACAGGAAGCCGGAAGACAGCAGUACUGAAGCACAGAGCACGCAGAGCCUGAUGAAGCUGCCUGGUCACCAUGACAACUUACCACUCCCCGCAGUCACUCAAUGACGGCGUUACCGUGGUAACCGUGGUCUGUAAGGCGCCGGUGGAAAAGUUGCAGUGCAGCACUAUCGUUGGAGCAUGUUGUGACCAGUCAAACCACGAGCCGACACUGGUUAAAGUGGGCAGGAUACGUCUUUUAAAAGGUUGAACGUAGCUAAUGGAGGUCCAGGGCAGGAUCUUCCGAUGGAACGGUAACUGUGCUGGCUCUGUUGGAGCAGGGGAGGGGCGUCUGAUUGCAGGCGAGGAGUAAAGAGAGAUUCCGCAGCCAAAGCUUAAUGGUGGAUUUAAUAGAUUUAAAGUAGGGCAAUCGCUGACAACGUGAAUGUCGAUGUCUUGUCGAAGGAGCUUGAAAGUUUAGCAGAGGACCAGUCUUUCUGAAAAAGUUGCAGACAGGUUGAGUAAUGACGCUGCGCUUGAACGGCGCUGUUGCUGGAUGGAACAGGAAAGACAAACGUUGGAGCUCUUGAAGCCGAAAAGAGACGCUGUCUGAAAAGAAGGAUCACCUGAGCAGUAUACGUGGUGUUCUACCUGAUGAUGCUUCAGUGUUCAUAGUAUCUUCAGUAACCAUGAUGGCAACACAGUCGGUAUCCAUAGACAAUUACCAGGAAGGACAACCAAUGCAAGUCGUAACACAGGCCGAUGCUGAAGCCAGUCCUGGUGGUGGCAGCCCAGCCCCUGCAGAACCACAGACACCAAUGGAUGCUGAUAAAGAAGCAAUAUACAGGCAUCCUCUCUUUCCAUUGUUGGCAUUACUUUUUGAGAAAUGUGAGCAGUCAACCCAGGGCUCAGAGUGUAUUACUUCUGCCAGUUUUGAUGUGGACAUUGAAAACUUUGUCAGGAUACAGGAAAAAGAAGGAAAGGCCUUUUUCAGUGAAGAUCCAGAUCUAGAUAAUUUGAUGGUGAAAGCUAUUCAGGUCCUGCGCAUACACCUCCUAGAGUUGGAAAAAGUGAAUGACCUCUGUAAAGACUUCUGUAGUCGCUACAUUGCCUGUCUGAAGACGAAAAUGAAUAGUGAAACCUUGCUAAGUGGAGAUCCAGGCAGUCCUUAUUCGCCUGUACAGUCACAGAAUUCUGGCACUUUUACUGGCACUCUUAGUCCCCAAGGAAUUGUGGUUCCUGCUUCAGCACUGCAGCAAGGAAAUGUAACCUUUGCAACAGUUAACCCAACACAAGUUGUUGCAGGUGGCACAGUGUAUCACCCUGUGACUGUCGUUACACCACAAGGCCAGGUAGUAACACAGGCUUUGUCACCAGGCACAGUGCGCAUCCAGAAUACACAGCUCCAGCUCCAGUUAAAUCAGGAUCUGAGUAUUUUGCAUCAUGAAGAUAUGUCCUCCAAAAACAAACGAGGAGUGCUGCCCAAGCAAGCCACCAAUGUAAUGAGAUCCUGGCUGUUCCAGCACAUUGGACACCCUUAUCCAACAGAAGAUGAGAAGAAGCAGAUUGCUACCCAGACUAAUUUGACACUACUUCAAGUUAAUAACUGGUUCAUCAAUGCGAGGAGGAGAAUCCUCCAGCCCAUGCUGGAUGCAAGUUGUUCUGAAACUCCAAAGACAAAGAAGAAAACUGCACAAAAUAGGCCCCUUCAGAGGUUCUGGCCCGAUUCUAUUGCAUCUGGUGUCAACCAACAACAUUCCUCAGAAAUCACAAUGUCUGAAGGAACUAUGGUGGCUGUCGGUGUGAAUGUGGACAGUCUCCAGUCUCUCUCUUCAGAUGGUGCCACAUUAGCAGUGCAGCAGGUCAUGAUGGGCGGACACAGUGAAGAUGAUUCUGUGGAGAGUGGAGAGGAUGACAGUGGUGACCUUUCAACAACAAACAUAAGUGGGCUUGGACUGGAAACAAGUGAUUCCCUGCAGUAGACUCAACAGAGUAACAAAGAAAGAGUCUGAAAAUAUAUUGUGAAUAAAAAUAGGACUUACAGUAGUGUUUUUAGUGUGCACAGCAAACAUUUACACAGGGCGUUUUAUUUCUGAAAUGUUUUAUACUUUGUUAUAGAGGGGUGCACUUUUUUGUAUUUCUAAUACUAAACAAACAAAAGUGUUAUAAUAAGGAGUGCUUAAAUAAAAAGCUUUGAAAGGUAAUACUGAUUUCAGUAGGGAUGCAAACACUUAAAUAUAACUGUAGUUAUUUCAUACAUUUAGCAUGCCUGUAUAUCACUAGCUGUGCUUACAAAGCAAAUAAACACAGGGCCAUAGUUGUCCACAAGAUUUAAAACAAGUUAAAAAAAUAAGCUAUUUUUUAUAAAUGAAGUGCGGAAAAUAAUAGGUUUGUUUCUUUUUUUAGGAAUAUUUAUGUAUAAAGACAAAAAAUAUAAAAAAAUGUAAAAGAAAGCCAUCCUUUUCGGGAUGAAGUGGAUGUUUUUUAAAUAAAUAAAAAAAUCUAAAAGCUAAAUUGAAUCAGUUUAAAUAAGCCUUAAACUAACUGGCGAAGAAGCACAUAGUCUAUUUUUAGUGUUGAAAUUAAUUUUAAAUAACAAAACCAUGUGGAUUCAGUACAGGUUUCUGCAUUUCAAUGUGUUAUUGGCUUUACAAGAUACAGGAAUACUUAAAUCGAUUUGUAUUUUUUCUCAGUAAUUAAAUAUUUGCAUUUUUAGUGUAGGUUUCAUGCUUUGUAAUGUAUUUUCCUAUAACUUGUCCAGUAAAAUUGCCAAAUUAGGUUUUUUGUUUAAUAAAAAAUGCAUUUACACACAA